CGACACUCUAUCAUGAUGCAACUACUAUCACUCGAGAAAUUAUACUCGAAGAGCAAGACACUCCAGUAGUAACAGUGGUCAAUGGAGAUUGUUUGUUGGAAGGAUUAGAGUUGAAGAAGAAAGGGUUUAAUCCAAUUGUGUUAAACAUGGCCUGUCCCACGGUUCCUGGUGGCGGAUACGGCCAUGGUGCUGGAGCGCAGGAAGAAAAUUUGUUCAGAAGAACCAACCUAUUUCGGUAUCACGAACCAAAGAGGAAAGAAUGGUAUCCUCUUCCUCCAUUGGGUGGCAUAUAUUGUCCAAACGCAAUAGUAAUACGUAAUAGCGAGCAACUGGCGUACUGCUGGUUAGAAGAACCAGAAACUAUGUCAUUUGUGGCCGUUGCUGCCGUAAGACGACCCAAACUUAUUCGUGACAGAUUUGGAGAACUGACUCUGACGGAUCAGAAUAAAUCCUUGACACGAGACAAGAUCAAGGCUAUACUAAAUAUAGGAUUAGACAAUGGUCAUGAUGCGAUAGUCCUCAGUGCGUUCGGCUGCGGAGCAUUCUGUAACCCGCCGGCGACGGUAGCUCAACUAUUCUGGGAAGUAAUUUCGAGUGGAUAUGCCGGUGGUGUGGAACAACCAAAGACCUAUCGUCACAUAGUUUUCGCUAUAUUUGACGACCACAAUGCUAAUCGUCGACAUAAUGACGAGGGCAAUCUGAUACCAUUCCAAAGACGUUUUGCACAGGGAUUGAAUGGCCCCGAUCGCAUAGUAGUCCGUCGUGAAGAAAGAGAAGAUCAGGGACGCAAGAACAAGGAGACGAACCAGCGUGAGGAAAAAGAUAAUGGGAAAGGAUCACGUAGUAGUUUCUUUUCCCGACGUCGACCGUCUAAAUAA